AUGAGAAGUGGUCCCAUUGCAACGAUAUGUUGCUUUAUUUUGAACGUGGUCUUGUUUGCUCAAGCAACUGAGCUAAACGUCACUAGCUCCUCCAUAAAUGAUCAUGAUACGAAUCCAUCACUAGAACUUUUGGUAGACACAGAUGACAAAACGAAUAGCAUAACGAGUAACGAUAUAGAAGAUGUCCGAGUUGAUGACAUCAAUGAAAGAGAGAAUUUUAAUGUCAUUACUAUCAAUGAUGAUAUACAGUAUCCAUUUAAUGAAAAACUAUUAAUUAGACCGUUACCAAAUAACAAUUUGUUAGCAUCAUUUGCUUUCGAGAUGGAGUCCGAGACGUUUAUACCAGGCCAUGAUGAAUCUCGAUCUGAUCAAUAUCGUCAUUUCACUGUUUUUCCCAAGGCUAUUGAAGCCAUGCUAGGUAGUACAUCCACAAGACAAUUACAUUUAAGGUUUACAAGAGGGUUUUGGGAUGCUGAGAGCUGGGGUCGUUUGCCCCAUGAUGGAUUUAAGUCAGGUGGUUCAGGUGUAGAACUCUGGGCUAUCAUUGAGGCUGGCUCUCAAAAGGAAGCAUUUGAUCAAUGGAAAACAUUAGCCAAUUCACUAAGUGGCUUGUUUUGUGCUUCCAUUAAUUUUAUUGAAAGUUCAAGAACCACAUACCCUGUGAAGUCAUUCCAACCCAAAUCGACGGAGGAAGGGUUGCCUAUAUUUGGUGGUGAUGAAACUAAGAAUAAUAAGCUAUAUUUGUUAAGAGCAUCUUUGGCUAAUGAACCUAUCUGUACUGAAAAUUUAACUCCUCUUUUGAAAUUAUUACCUACAAGGGGUAAAUCAGGAAUUUCAUCGUUAUUAGAUGGUCAUAAAGUUUUUGAUUCCAUGUGGCAUAGUCUUUCCAUUGAUGUGACGACCCAUUGUGAUUUCAACACUCAAACAUGUAAAUACGAUAUGGAUGCAGAAGUGGAUAUGGUUAUUCAUGUUCCAUACACGCUGGCUAGAAAUGAACACCCAAUCCCAAGACCCACUCCAAAUUCUGAACUACGUUGUGAUCUAACUAAACCAUAUGAUAUAUAUCAAUGUUUCCCACUACCUGAAAGCAAUUCACUUUCUUUUGAGGUCUCCGAGAUAUUUGGCAAACCAAUUCGUGGCUCUAAUUUGAUUUCCAAUAAUCCUUCAAAAGUGUGUGUUGAUAUAGGUGAUAAUCAUGAAAAUAAUUCGUGGGAGGCAUUGUUGAAAGUAAACGGGUCCCAUUUUGGUACGGAUGAUAAUUGUUUUGAUUUAGAAAACAAAGACGAUUAUGAUAUUUAUAUUUCUUCCUCCAAUACCAAUGAGAUUGGGAGGCAUUCAGAAAAGGAAGAAGAUGUGCCACUUUAUGUGAGUAGAUCAUUGACCGGAUAUGGACAGGAUCGUGGUGGGUUACGUACCGUUUUCACUAAUCCAACCAAUGACACUAUCAGGGCAGUUUACUUCGAAUCAUUGCCAUGGUUCAUGAGACUAUAUUUAUCUACGAUGAAAUUAGAAAGUGAUGCUGCCGGUGCGGGACUUGAUCUACAUGAUGUGAUUACGUCUGUACAUUACGUUACAGCUAUUGAUCAUAAGAGACCAACACAUUUAGAAUACACUAUUGAGAUCCCUGCGGGAACAAGUUUAGCCAUAACGUGUCAAUUUGAUAAAGCAUUGUUGCAAUUUGCAGAAUACCCACCUGAUGCAAAUCAUGGGUUUGAAAUUGAGAGUGCCGUCGUUACCAUUUUGAAGCCAUGGUCCUAUCAAAUUAGAACGUCGACAUUGUUAUUAUCGUUAUCGACUCCUGAUUUCAGUAUGCCUUAUAACGUUAUUAUUAUAACAUCUACUGUAUUAGGGUUGAUAUAUGGUAGUUUAUAUAAUUUAUUGGUGAAGAAGUUGGUGACUAUUGAAGAAGCAGAUGAAAUUGCAUCUCAAGUCGGUCUAAAAAGUCUGAUAACUAGAUUAAAGAAGAAAUUUAUAUAA